CAGAGCUCCCAGGGAGAGGACUGGCAGUGCAGUGGAGCCAGCAAAGAAAAUUUUUGUAGUAAACUUGGCCUCCAGGAACUGACCACUGCUGGGAAUUGUGGCUGUUCAUGUACAACUAACCAUACGAAAAGAAGAACUUCGCCUCGUUUGUAUCAUUCUGAAAGUCUUUAAAACCAGUAAUCCUUUAUCACACAGGAAGCCAAGUAUUUCCUACUUGGUCAGGACCUUGAACUUCGAAUUCAUAAAUUCUUUUAAGCUGUGGGAACAAAGACUUUGUGGACAAAAUCUCUUGGAAUCAGAAGACUUCACCAACAACCAGGCUGGAGGACGCUGGCACUGAAAGUUUUCAGGCUCCAGGACUACAGCUAACCACUGCGCAAGGACCUUGGGGCCAGACUUUUGCAGCAGACUGUCGCAGGACUGGCAGAUUGGGGGGCAACAUGGUCCUUUGUUUUCUCCUCAAUCUCUCUUUAGGAUAAGGCUAUCUCCCUUUAGGAUCAGAGUACCCUGACAAGUUGGGGAAACAGCUAAUGGGGUUGGGGUUUGAAGGUGAGGAGGCGACUCAAAAUGGCACCUGCGGAUGCUGGCUUGGCUUGCCCUCACCUUAGUGAAAAAUCCCCAGAAACUGGGCUUAUAGGAUCAGCCUUGCACCAGUUGCUCUCUGUGCUUCCCAAGCUGGUUGCUGCUUCCACUGUAAACCUGCCAACCCCCCAAACAUGCUGACUGCAGAACCGAGCUGCCUGCCCUCGUUCGCACAGGCAUUGGGAGCAGAAAUCAGAAAUUGCCAACACAGCUUCAUUAGUGACUACCAGCCUGGAAGGAGUGAGCCACAGAAAUGGAUUUGAGGGGAAGUGAAAGUCCCUGACUCCCCACCCUAACAGGAUAUCUCUCCUUCCAGCUGACAGGGUGGCCAACACCCACCCCUCUCCAUGUGCAUUAAUGUCACAUGCAGAAAUGUGAUUUUUGUAAGGCAGAAACAUCCGUUAAGCAGUGUAAAAAGAAGAGCACUGAAGCCCCGGGCUCAAGAUGGGAAUUAUGAUGCAGUUAUCACUUACUUUACCUGACUGGUAUUUGGGUCAAAUCCAUUUAGAUUGGUGGCAGCAUAUUGAAAAUUUCAAAAUGAAGUUCACAUUGAAGAGACUACCAUUGUUCCUCAGUGUCAAGCAAAAUUCACUUUCCAGAUUAGCUACUGAGAAGGAAGGCUUGGCAGGUAGGGUCUGGGGUAUGGGGGACAUUGGCCAGAAUAGGACUGGAGCCUGGGACAUUCUGGUGGUGACAGACCUCAGAGAAGGGCCACUGCAGGGAAAGAGGUGUCCUGAUAUUACUGAGGACCUGCUAAGUGCCAGGGGGUGCAUUUCUGAUACCUUACAUCACAGUGGCCCUGCAAGUUAAGUAUCACUUCCCCACAAUACAGAAUGACCUUGUCCAAGGUCACACAGUUGGUAAGUUUCGUCAAAGUCCAUUUUUCUUUUGGGAAGAGGACUUCAUUAGGUGGAUUGGAAAGGAUUGAAAUGGUGUGCUAAAAUGCAGAGGCUAGGGAAAAUCCUAUAAAGACCAGCUAUCUAGUGGUUUUUGACUCUCAGCCAAAACCAUUUACUUCUGAACAUUCUUUUGUGGACUCACGGUGCAAAGUCAUCACUCCAUGGUCAGAGGCAGGAAAGCUCAGUGGUUUCAGGAAUGGGCUGGAGAGUAAUACAUACCUGGGUUUGAGCUAUAGCUCUUACUCUCAUGAGCUGUGCGCCCUUGGGCAAGUUUCCUAACUACUCUGAACCUCUGUGUCAUUAUCUUUCCAGUGAGGAACAAUAAUCGCACCUCCUCACAGGUUCUUUAACACUAAGUCCAAUGCCUAGCCCAUGGGAGGCGCUUAGGAAGCAUUAGUAUGAAUAGCAAGGUAAGAUCUCCCUUUGUAUGUGCUCUCCACCCACUGAACUUGUCCUUCACCACACUCAUUGCCAAAGUAAUUAAAUUAAUGAUUUGUGUACUCAUUUGUUUAUUAUCAGCACCCUUUAUUUGACUAUAGAUUACACAAAAGCAGAGAGGAUCUACAUCUCCCUUGCUCCCCAUUGUGUCCCCAGGACAUGGUACACAGGAGGUGCUCAAUAAGCAUUUGUCAAGUGGAUGAAGAAAUGUAACCACUGCCUUGUUUUUGGUGUCCAGAGCUCACUGUCUUUAACAGUCUAGUAAACACAGAAACAAUUUUCCUUGACCCAUAGGAGAGGCCAGGAUGGAAAUAACAACCACCACAAAGGACUAUGACAUGACCACAGAAUAUGACUAUGGAGAUUCAACCCCGUGUCAGAAGAAGGAGGUGAGGGCCUUUGGGGCCCAACUGCUUCCCCCUUUGUACUCCCUGGUGUUUGUCACUGGCCUGGUUGGCAACAUCCUGGUGGUCUUGGUCCUCAUGCAAUACAAGAGGCUCAGAAGCGUGACCAGCAUCUACCUCCUCAACCUGGCCAUUUCUGAUCUGCUCUUCCUUUUCACGCUGCCCUUCUGGAUUGACUAUAAACUGAAGGAUAACUGGGCUUUUGGUGAGGUCAUGUGCAAAUUCCUCUCAGGGUUUUAUUACAUAGGCUUAUACAGUGAGAUCUUUUUCAUCAUCCUGCUGACGUUCGACAGGUACCUGGCCAUCGUCCACGCUGUGCUUUCCCUGCGGGCCCGGACCAUCACCUUUGGUAUCAUAAGCAGCAUCGUCUCCUGGGCCCUGGCCAUCUUGGCAUCAAUUCCAGGCUGGCAAUUUUCCAAGACCCAGUGGGAGAUCACUCAUUACACCUGCAGCCUUUUCUUCCCUUAUGAAAGCCUAAAAAGGUGGAAAAAGUUCCAGGCUCUAAAACUGAACAUCUUGGGGCUGGUUUUGCCUCUGUUGGUCAUGAUUGUCUGCUACACGGGGAUUAUAAAGAUUCUGCUCAGACGACCAAAUGAGAGGAAGGCCAAAGCUGUCCGUCUGAUUUUUGUCAUCAUGAUCAUCUUCUUUCUCUUUUGGACCCCCUACAAUCUGGCUGUGUUAGUCUCUGCUUUCCAAGACUCUCUUUUCACCAAUGAGUGUGAACAGAGCAAACAUCUGGACCUUGCCAUACAAGUGACAGAGGUGAUUGCCUUCACACACUGCUGCAUCAAUCCCAUCAUCUAUGUCUUCGUUGGCGAGAAGUUCCGGAAGUACCUCCGCCAGCUGUUCCACAGACUCACUGACGUGCACCUGGCUAAAUGCUUUCCCUUCCUUUCCACGGACAGGUUGGAGAGGGCCAGCUCUGUGUCUCCCUCCACAGGGGAGCAUGAGCUAUCUAUGGAGUUCUGACUCAGCCCCCUGGAGGUGGAGCCAGGACCCAGCAAGAGUGAUCUGCAGCCAUACCAGCCGGGAUGGGAGGCAACUUUGCUCUCCCAGCCAGUAUCUGACCUGACACAAGCAUGAACUUGCAGCCCCUUGGGAUUGAGAGGGAGCUUCAAACUUGUCUAGACUAAAUUGCCUCUGGGGCUUGAUCGGGUCUUUUCCAUGAACUUCUCCCUGGUGGAAGGGAGAUGAAUGAGCAAAACGGGACAUGCCAAAAGACUGGGCAAAGACUGUGAGCCACGGGCUAGGGCCUAAACAAGAUUUCAGAUCUGUACACAUUAACAUUUCUCAACAAAGCCUCUGCAACACCCCACAAUCCCACCCCAAUGAACUUCAGAAUAGUGAUUUCCACUGUUGACUCCACUCUGACCCCAGAGCCAAUCAGUAGCCAGCAGCAGUUCCCCACCCACCCACACCCCCCAACCUCUGCCCCCACUGCAGGGUUUAGGCUCUUGGAAACCCUGGGGAACAUAGAAGUCAUGAUGGAAGAACUUGGAACCUAGUGAGAAAUAAGACUGGAGAACUAUUGUUGGGAGUGGAACUAAGAAAGCCCUUUGAGAGGAUUUUUAUAGUCACUAAAAUCAAGCAAUUCAUGCAGUGCACUAAACAUGAACCAUACACAUAUAAUAUGUGCUUCUUGAAAAUAGCCAUAGAGGGGAGGGACUCAUUGUUUCCAAUAACCAUUUUUCCUUUUUGAAUAUUUUUCCAGAAUCUCCCUUCCCUGUUAGAUGGGUGACUGCUUCAUGUUAGAAUUUAAUAACAGGCAAAUAGAGGUAUGGUUGGUGUUCUUCUGGUUUCAGGGAUCAGAGUUCGUCUCCCACAUUGGAGCCACCAGCAGGUAAAUGGCCUGUGAUAUAACCUGACAGUGUUUGAGGCUGGGAAGAAGGAACAUAUCUAGAAGAUAUCUACCCUUGAAGGCAGGUGGAGUGGACGCUGUCUGUCUUGAUGUAAGAGGUUGAGAGGGUCUUUAAUUCAAACUAGCUUAAAGAACUAAAAACCUGUUGCCGUCUCGUCAAUUCUGAAAUGCCCUCACCACUUCAUCUCUCAUUAGUGAUCUCCUAUUUAUCGUAUCUUCAUUCCCUUUUCCCUCAGAUAUAUAUUUCUUUAAAAAUCUUUUUCCUAAUAGCAAAAAUUGUUUCUAAGAAAGCUUGAAAACACAAAGAGAACAAACCACAAAAUCACCCAUAAUCCUACUAGCCAAAGACAACCGCUGUACAGUUUUGAAUGUGUUUUCUUCUCGUUUGUUUUUUUCUCCAUGCAUAUUUAUGAUUCUAAUAAAGAUGGGCUCCAACUGUA